AUGAAACCAAUUUUAAAGGAUAGUGUUAGAAAAUUGUAUGAAAUGUUAAAUUCAAUAAAUCCAAGUCAACAACAUGCUCUUGCUGGACUUGAUGAAUUUGUUACCGAUGGAGUAGAAGCAUGGAGUGUAUUGAAAGGUAUGGUUAAAAAGUUUUCAAUAGAACAAGAUGAAAAAAAACGUUUACAGAAACAAAUAAGCAUCGCAUUGUUGUAUCAGAAACAUGGCUAUUCUCAACAUUGUCAAGAACAUUGUCAAUUUCAUUGUAUUAAUUAUGCACUAUCUGAUCCAAGAACAAAAAGAAUUCUCGAAUAG